CGCAGACCAUUUCCCGUUCCGUUUUGCUGGUGUCCUUGUCCUUUCUAGGGUAAACGGAAGCGGCUGUGUGAGGCACGGAGACUGGUCAGCAAGAUGUUACGGAAUUUACUGACUCUUCGUCAUGUUUCUCAAAGAGCUAUCAGCAGCUCUAGUCGGCGACCACUGCUAAAUAAAAUUCCAGACAAGCAGAAGCUAUUCCAGGAAGAUAAUGGCAUUCCAGUUCAUUUAAAAGGAGGAGUUGGAGAUGCCCUAUUUUACAGAGGAACAAUGGUUCUUACUGUUUUGGGAACAGGAUAUGCUCUUUAUGAGUUGUUCAUUGCUGCAAUGCCCAAGAAGCAGAAUUGAUUCCAUCCAACUUUCCAAUUGAUGUCUGUCCAUUUAAUUGCCACUCUUCAGGGACCAUUUUUGUCCUUGUCAUAACAAGCUCCGUGCAAUUUAGGGAACAAUAUUUAUUAAAAUGUACUGUAAAUCCUGCAAAAAUAAAAAUGGUUUUACAUUACUGUA